AUGCCAGGAACGCCCAACGAGAACGAUCCCUCCAAGCCCCCCCGCGGUGGCCGUGCCCUCGGUUUCCGUGUACAACCCCGUCCUCGUGGCACCACUCCGAUCGUGCCGCCGUCGGACACUCAGCAACUCCCGACACCGCAUAUGGUCCCGUUCAUGGGCCCGGACGGCCGUGUUCAGUAUGCGAUGCCCUUCCCUCCUCCGUACGCGGUCCCUCUCCCACGGGCGCAUGCGUCGUAUGCAGCUGCUGUCGCUACGGGCCCACGCAUGCGUGCCCCCAGUCCACCGCCCUUCAUGCAACCUGGGCAAGUCGCGCCCACGACAGCCCUGCUCCCCCCACAACAUCUGCCACCUGCGCCAGCCCCUCUCCGCACGCAAGUUACGCAGCCUGCGCCCGGCCCCGCGGAUCCCCACUCCUUCGACGUCAGUGACAGCUCUGACUACGAGAUGUCCGAUGAAGAGAUGAGGCGCCUCCUCACGGUUGGCACGAACAGGAACAAGCGCAAGGCCUCCGCUGCGGAGACGGAGAAACCCCCCACCAAGAAGGUCGCAAAGGCGUCGGCUAGCGGAUCGAAGAGCGGGAGCUCGAAGGGGAAAGGCAAGGCGAAGGCCGUUCCUGAGGACGACAACUCCGACAACACCCCUGCUGCCAAGGGUAGUGCCGGCCGCCAACCGGGUGCGAAGAACUGGAGCAGGCCUGAAACCAAGCAUCUCCUUUCGCUCUGCGGUGUGCACAAGACUUUCGGCAUGAAUCAGUGGAAGCAAAUUGAGCCGAAGUACAACGAGUGGGCGCAGAAGAAUGGGUAUUCCACUCGUUCUUUCAGGGCUAUACGUGGGAGGUGGGAAUCGCUCCAGCAUACGCACAUGCGGACUGGCAACGCGGAGAAGGACUCGGACGUCGAGGAAGCACACAGUCUCCAACAAGAGAUGGAGAACUCUGUCUCGUGCACGCACCUCGACGACGACCCAUUAUUUCGCUCUCGACCACACCCCACCAUCAAACAGGAAGACUCGGACUCCGAUAUUGAGUUCAUUUCCAUGACCCCGGCGCCGAAGUCAAACCCCACAGCUGGCAAGAAGGCGAGCAAGGCACCGACAAUCAAGGUCGAGGCGAACACUGAACCGGGUCCUAGCAGAUCCCGGUUGACCACCCAGGGACGCCGCGAGGAGCAGGCCGCACUUAUCUCCUCGCUUGCCCGAAGCGUGGACCCAGUAGCGCGCCGUGAGCUCAACGAGGCGCGCAUUGGUAGCCUGGAGCGCAUGGGCGAGAUGCGUCGCGUGCACGCGGAUCUUCGCGACAUCCGUGCUGAGAACUCCCAACUCCGGCAACAGGUUCUUACCAUGACACAGGAGAAUGCGGAUCUUCGGGCUCGUCUCACAUUUGCCCAACUGAUGCGGGAUGCUGGCCCACCACCCCGUCGUUCAACCCGGCCUCCCUUUCCUGACGACCACAACUUCGACCUCUACAGUCUCCGCGACCUGCCUCCUGACUCCUCCCCACCUCCGACUACCGCCCCUUUGCGCACACCCACCUCCCGUUUUGACAACUGGUGGGGGACCUCUCCCCUCCACGACAUCCCGCCAGUCGCAAGUUCAUCUAGGCCAUCAUCGUCCACACCAGUUCGUCACCUGCCCGCACCUGUCACGCUCGCCGCACCCGCACCCGCGCCCGUCGAGCCUCCCGCACACGCACCCACUGCGCCCUCCGCUCCUGCCGCGCAAGCACCCGCCACGCCCACCGCACCCGCACCCACGUCUGCCGAGUUGAGUUCCGUGCAUACACCCACCGUGCCCGCCGAGCCUCCCGCACCCGCACUCACCACGCCCUCCGCUCCUUCCAGGCACGCACCGGCGCACGCACCCAACGCACCCUCCACUUCUCCCACUCCCGCCCCCGCCAUGCCCUCCGCUCCUCCCGCACAUGCGCUCGACAUUCCCUCCACGUCUGCUGUGCUUCCUGAGCCUCCCACAUCUGCACCUGCACCCACCACGUCUCCCGUGCACGCGCCCGCCAUGCACGCUGCCACUGCACCACCUGCUGCACCUCUCGCUGGUCGCACGCCGCACGCGCCCACCGUUCGUGUGGUGCCUGCACAUCAGCCUCCUGUGCACUCGCCUCCUGUGCACCCGCCUCCUGCGCACGCGACUGUUGCACCGGUGCAUGCAGCGCACGCACCUGCACCUGCCGUACCCGCACCUCCCGGUACGGUUGGGCCACGCGCAACUACGAGGUCCACGUACGACGAGGACAUGCACUGGUAUGGCGCUGAUGCGCGCAUCCCAUGGGGCGAACAUCUCCGUCCCAUGGGGGCACCUCCGACUUCACGUCCUCCACUUGCAGACAUCACGCCUGCACCUGGCUUUGCUGGUGUAGCCCCUCGUGCCCGCCUGGGCCACGAGAUGAUCUCUUAUCGUGCCUAUGGUGGCACCUCAACAGGUUCGAGCACACUGGGCAUCACAGGCGUCUUUGCAGGGGUGCCUUCGGGCUCGUCUUUAUUCUGCCUCAAACUGCCUGUAGAAACGGGUGACCCGAUCAUUCUGCCUAAUUUCCUUAAACAGCAUGUCACCCCACUCCUUCGGUAG